GGCUGCGACGCGGAUACGGCCGAUUGACCACGAUUCCACACGAUUCCUCAGCUGCCCCUCUCCUCGUCGCUCCCUAUCCUGCCAGCAAUAUAGAUGGGCCAGUCGAAUCAGUCCCCCGACAACCGAGCCGCCGCCGCCGCCGCCGCCUCUGCUCCUGCGUCUCCCGUCGAGGGCCCGUCAUCAAGCAGCCGGUCGUCCUUCUUCUCGCGCUUUAGCCUGCUCCGCUCGCGCGCUCGCAACAUUGCCGACUUCCAUAUCCGACCCGCCGAGCCACAUCGCAACUAUGGCGCCGGGGACCACGUGAAGGGCGCGGUUAUCUUGACCAUAGUCAAGCCUGUCCGCAUCACACACCUCGUCGUGUCGUUACACGGCUACAUGCGCGUCUACAAGGGGCCUAACGUUCCCGCCAACGAGCCCAUUGUCGACCCUGCCGAGGUGCCCGCCAUUCCGAUUCUCAGCUCGCGUCAGAAAAGCCACCCGUCAGGCUACGUGAAGCUGUUCCAAGAUGAGCAAGCCCUCAGUGCUGAUGGGCGGCUCGAGCCGGGCAGAUAUGAGUUCAACUUUGAUCUGCUCUUCCCUACCCAUGGGCUACCGAGCAGCAUAGAUUUUGAACGCGGUACUAUCUCGUACGUGAUCACGGCCACCUUGACCCGUCCGACAUCGAUGGGGACCAAGGUGCCGCCCAAAACGAGCUGUGAGCGGAAAAUAAGUCUUAUCGAGAAAGUUGAUGUUGGCCCUCUGGCUCCGCCACGACCUCGCACAAUAUACCUAGAGCCUGUAUCAAAGCGGCCAAAGAAGAAAAAGCAACCCGGCGUUAGCGCUGAGAAAGUUUUGGCUGCCCCUGACACGGCCGAGCCAGCCUCCGAUAUGGAUUCAACACGAGCAAACGAAAAUUCCACAGAAGGUUCGCUAUCGGUCAUUGGAGAGGACCGCCACGAGGAGGCUGCGGGCAGCAAUUCGAGAAAUCUGGCGCAAUGUGAUGUGCGGAGCGUGAGCAGUGAUAGCGCUGUCAGUCGCAGUACUGACCGAAGCAAAUGUGGCGAUAACAGUCACCCCGUGACCUCUCCCACUGCUGUAUCCGGCGGAAAAGCGAUCUCCGCCGUGAAAGAGCGCACAAUCACCGCAACCGUUGAGCUGCAAAAAGGUGGCUGUCUGCCAGGCGACACGGUGCCCAUCAAGAUAUCCGUCCAGCACAUUAAAAGGAUAAAGAGCCUGCAUGGAGUUAUCGUGACUCUCUACAGGCUAGGUCGCAUAGACUCGUCCCCCUGGCUGCCUUCUAAGGAGCUGCCAAGCUCAAAUGAUCGGAAGGGGGGAAAGGAAGAGUAUUACCCCAAGUCCAAGACCGGGCUCGGCGGCCUUUCUCUGUCAGCAGCCGGUUCGUGCAGUGUAUUCCGGAAAGACCUAUCUCAGUCUUUAGCCCCCCUUAUCAUCGACCCGGCCACCUUGACGGCAACACUAACAACGUCGGUACGCGUCCCUGAGGACGUGUUUCCCACCAUCAAAGGUGUUCCCUACGAGAUGAUUACAUUCAAAUACCAUGUCGAAGUCAUUGUGGAUCUUGGGGGGAAGCUGGCCAACCAGAUCCAAGCCGGGAAGUCUUCUGGGGCAAGGGUCAACACCGUGAGCGGACCGCUCGGUUUGACAGGCACUGCUUUCGAUGGCGCAGCCUCACUAACAUCAUGGGGAACGAGCAUUAUCGAUACAGACAGACUUCGGCGGCAGAAGGGCGUAAUCUCUGUCAUGUUUGAAGUCGUUGUCGGAACGACAGAUAGCAACCGGCUCCGGGGCAAGGCUCCAUUCAAACCUACACCUUCCGUCCACACUGUGCCCGUCCGCGAACGCGACUUGUACGACGGCGACAGGGGCGAGAAGCAGCCUUGGCCGGCACCGGCAGAAAACGAUCCCUAUGCGCCGGCUGACUACCCCCAUGAUUACGGCCCGUCACCCGCUUCUCAACCCACAUACUCCGCACUAUGGAACUCACCCUCCCCGCCACCCCCGUCCGCACCCGUACCCUACUACAUCCCUCCACCAGAGGUACCGGACGAAAGCACGCUCACCGAAAAGGAGCGCAUCAGACGCGCCGAGCAGAGGCUACUGCCUAGCCAGCCCCCGGAAAUACCAACCUCCGUUGUCGCGGGUCCCUCGGGUGCCCAUCAUCCUCCAGCCGCCGACGUGCCCAUCGCCGACGAAAACAUUUACGACGCCGAAGACGACGCCGCCCAGCCGCCUCCUCCUCCUCCCCCGCCGCUGCUGCUGCCGCCUGACGCAGCAGACACGCCCUCGGCUCCGACACUCGAAGACCUCUCACAGGGCACCGCCCACUACCACCACCCGACAGAGGACAAGCAGGAGCUGGAAAGACAACGGCUCCUUGCCGAGGCCAGCGCGCCGCCAGAGUUUCCCGAGGAUUGUGACCCUGGACCGAGCAGUGCCGCGCCCCUUGCUGUGCGGGUACCCUCGGCGGCGGCGGCGGCGGAGGAGUUUGAACCCUCGGCGCCGGUGCUUUCGGAGGAGGAGGGCGGUGGGGAAGGGGAUCGGAGUGCUGCUGCUGCUGAGCGGGUGUAUGCGGCAGAGGAUUAUACGUAUACGUACUCGUAUGGCCCGCAUUUGGCUUCGGCUUCGGAUGAGGCAGAGGCUGGGGGUGGGGGUGUAGGUGUGGAGGCUGGGUCGGAGCCGUUGCCUAGGUAUGAACGAUGAUUCUCCGUUUUUUUAUUUUUUUUUUAUUUUUUUUUAUUUUUUUUUCCUCUUAUCUUGUUGAUGGUAUAUGCUGUUCUAUGGUCUGGAAGGAGAGGAAU